GAAUUGAACAUUUUCUUUUUAUUUCAAGAGUAUGUUUUCUUACACGUUUAAACAGUAUGUAAAAAUGUAUACAAUGCUGUUGGUGAAAUGAAAACGACAGAGAACGCAUCAUGUCUUCCGAGGUCAAAGCCCGAUGCCACUGGGGGUCUCUGGUGGGGCGGUACUAACGACAAGCCAGGCGGCUAGCUGUGGCUAAACGAACACUAGCGGGCUUGUGAGCCAUCAAAAAAUGCCGUAUUUUUCGCUAUUGGGUUGGACGUCACAUCAUGGAAUGUAAUGAACUUAUUCCUUGGGGAAAACUAUAUAUUAUAGCCAACGGACGUCUUUGUUGAGAAAUCGGACUGCCCCUGAGACUUGGAUGGAGGUGCAAGCAAGCGCCACGACCGAGGAGGUGUAGAACGGGUACGAAUCGGGUUGGUUUAGCUAACGUCAGCUAGCUAUUAUCGGGAGAAAGUUGCCUGUAAACGAGUGAAAACAGGGCGUUACUUGCGCGAGACAAUAACCAAACUAUUGUUUGUCUGCAGAUGCCAGGUAUUUAAUCAUAAAAUGUGUCAAAAUACAUAUCAAAUAAAUACAUACUUUUCAACGAGACGACAGUACGGCGUAGUUGUAUAAUGAGACGUUGGACAAUUAGCUAGGCUAGCUGGCACACGCAAGCUAAGUCGGCACAAACAACUAGCUAAUGGCUAGCGGUUUGUCAGCUAAUAUUAGCAAACUUGCUAUAGGUAGUAGCACCGGUGUUUUAGCUAGCUAGGUAAAGUGUUUAAGCUAACUCUGUAACUAGACGCAUUCCAGCAAGGAAAAGGAAAAUAACAAUUGCCGGUUAGUUCUCGAACUUUUGCCAUCCUAAUACACCCACGUUGGGCUGAAUUAAUAGGUUGCCAAAUUAGCUAAACAACUAGGUAACUAGUUACUUUAUUAGCAAGCUAGCGAACCAGCUAGCUACUGUCUUCAAAUUCCAUUGGCAUUGCUUGUUGUGACACAGCUUGUUCAUUAGCUAGCUAAUGAUUACAGUGACUGAGCUGUCAACCUCUCCACUUAGCUACCAAACUACCUAUUAUGUUAAAUAUUUUCCUCGAGCAACAUAUGUCCUUUGUCAUGCUUUAGCUGCCCCCAUGCAUUUACAUUUUCUGGGACAAUGAACAAUUUGAGUUCAUCAUUUUAUAAUCUACUGUAAGCAACCGCCUGAUUUAUAAUGUGAUAGUAAUUCGUUUUUUGCACUUCCACUCUCAUUCAAUAUAUUUAGCUAGCGGUAUGGAGAUUUUUUUAAACAGGUCACUGCGUCUUAUGGAAUUGUCCCCCUCUCUCUCUGUCCAGUUGGUCUACCCGUCUCAUCCUAAUUAUUAGCAUAGUGAGGAGCAAUCAACCUGACCACCAUGCCUCCCAGACCGUCUUCUGGGGAACUAUGGGGCAUGCACUUGAUGCCCCCGAGCAUCCAGGUGGACUGCCUUCUCCCAAAUGGGAUGAUUCUGACAUUGGUGUGCACACGCGAAGCAACACUCAUCUCAGUCAAACACGAACUCUUCAAAGAGGCCAGGAAGUAUCCUCUCCACCACCUCCUACAAGAGGAGACCUCCUACAUCUUUGUCAGUGUUACCCAAGAGGCUGAGAGAGAGGAGUUCUACGACGAGACAAGGAGACUGUGCGACCUCAGGCUUUUUCAGGCCUUCCUGAAAGUCAUCGAACCAGUGGGCAACCGAGAGGAGAAAAUACUCAACCGAGAAAUUGGUUUUGCAAUAGGAAUGCCUAUAUGCGAGUUUGACCUGGUCAAGGACUCGGAAGUGCAGGACUUUAGAAGGAACAUAUUGAAUGUCUGCAAGGAGUCUGUGGACCUCCGAGACACUAAUGGACCCAUCAGUAGAGCGUUGUACGUCUACCCUCCCAAUGUAGAGUCGUCAGUAGAACUGCCCAAGCACAUCUUCAAUAAGCUUGACAAAGGUCAAAUCAUAGUGGUCAUCUGGGUCAUCGUGUCGCCGAGCAACGACAAGCAGAAGUACACCCUGAAGAUCAAUCACGACUGCGUGCCGGAGCAUGUGAUCGCAGAGGCCAUCCGCAAGAAGACGCGUAGCAUGCUGCUGUCCCACGAGCAGCUCAAGAUGUGUGUGCAGGAGUAUCAGGGAAAGUACAUCCUCAAGGUGUGUGGCUGUGACGAGUACCUGCUGGAGAAGUACCCCCUUAGCCAGUACAAGUACGUGAGGAGUUGCAUCAUGCUGGGGCGCAUGCCUAACCUCAUGCUAAUGGCCAAGGAUAGCCUUUACUCCCAGCUGCCCAUCGACACCUUUACCAUGCCCUCGUACGCCCGACGGAUUUCCACGGCAACGCCCUAUAUGAACGGCGAGACGGCCACCAAGUCCCUGUGGACCAUCAACGGCACGCUGAGGAUCAGGAUACUGUGCGCAACCUAUGUCAAUGUAAACAUCAGGGACAUUGACAAGAUCUAUGUCCGGACUGGGAUCUACCACGGUGGGGAGCAGCUGUGUGACAAUGUGAACACUCAGCGCGUGCCAUGCUCAAAUCCCAGGUGGAAUGAGUGGCUGAACUACGACAUGUACAUUCCAGACAUCCCACGUGCCGCCCGCCUCUGUCUGUCCAUCUGCUCUGUGAAAGGGAGGAAGGGGGCGAAAGAGGAGCAUUGUCCGCUAGCCUGGGGCAACAUCAAUCUGUUUGACUACACCCACACUCUAGUGGCCGGGAAGAUGGCCCUCAACCUGUGGCCUGUGCCCCAUGGCCUGGAAGACCUGCUCAAUGCCAUCGGAGUCACUGGCUCCAAUCCAAACAAGGAAACCCCUUGCCUGGAGCUGGAGUUUGAUCACUUCAGUAACCCGGUCAAGUUCCCCGACAUGCCGGCCAUCGAGGAGCACGCCAACUGUAACAUAUCCCGGGAGCUGGGCUUCAACUACUGCCACACCGGUUUGAGUAACAGACUGGCGAGGGACAACCCCCUGACGGACAGUGACAAUGAACAGCUGCGCUUGGUGUGUAACAGAGACCCACUGUCUGAAAUCACUGAGCAGGAGAAGGACUUCCUGUGGAGGCACAGACAUUACUGCGGCACUAUCCCAGAGAUACUUCCCAAGAUUCUCCUGGCAGUGAAAUGGAACUCCAGAGAUGAGGUUGCACAGAUGUAUUGCCUUCUGAAGGACUGGCCAGCCAUAAAGCCAGAACAAGCCAUGGAGUUGCUGGACUGCAACUUCCCCGAUCCCAUGAUUCGAGACUUUGCCGUGAAGUGCCUUGAGAAAUACUUAACAGACGACAGACUCUCUCAAUACCUCAUCCAGCUGGUCCAGGUUCUUAAGUACGAACAGUACCUCGACAACCCGCUGGCCCGCUUCCUGCUGAAGAAGGCUUUGACCAAUCAGCGGAUAGGACAUUUCUUCUUUUGGCAUCUCAAGUCGGAGAUGCACAACAAGACUGUGAGCCAGCGGUUUGGCCUGUUGCUGGAGUCCUACUGCCGGGCCUGUGGCAUGUACCUCAAGCACCUGAGCAGACAGGUGGAGGCCAUGGAGAAACUCAUCAACCUUACCGACCUCCUCAAGCAGGAGAAGAAGGACGAGGCCCAGAAGGUUCAGAUGAAGUUCCUGGUGGAGCAGAUGAAACGGCCUGACUACAUGGAUGCCCUACAGAGCUUCACCUCUCCACUCAACCCAGCGCACCAGCUGGGAAACCUCCGCUUGGAAGAGUGCCGGAUGAUGUCAUCGGCCAAGCGGCCCCUGUGGCUCAAUUGGGAGAACCCCGACAUGAUGUCAGAGCUGCUCUUCCAGAGCAACGAGAUCAUAUUUAAAAACGGAGAUGAUCUGAGGCAGGACAUGCUGACUUUGCAGAUCAUUAGAAUAAUGGAGAACAUCUGGCAGAACCAGGGCCUUGAUCUCAGGAUGCUGCCGUACGGCUGCCUGUCCAUCGGUGACUGCGUGGGCCUGAUAGAGGUGGUGAGAAACUCCCACACCAUCAUGCAGAUCCAGUGUAAAGGAGGCCUGAAGGGGGCGCUGCAGUUCAACAGCCACACACUGCACCAGUGGCUCAAGGACAAGAACAGGGGGGAGAUGUACGACCAGGCCAUUGACUUGUUCACACGGUCGUGUGCGGGCUACUGCGUAGCCACCUUCAUCCUGGGGAUCGGUGACAGACACAACAGCAACAUCAUGGUCAAAGAUGAUGGACAGCUAUUCCACAUAGACUUUGGCCAUUUCCUGGAUCACAAGAAGAAGAAGUUCGGCUACAAGCGAGAGCGGGUGCCCUUCGUCUUGACACAGGACUUCUUAAUCGUCAUCAGUAAAGGAACCCAGGAGUGCACCAAAACCAGGGAGUUUGAGAGGUUCCAGGAGAUGUGCUACAAGGCCUACCUGGCCAUCCGGCAGCACGCCAACCUCUUCAUCAACUUGUUUUCCAUGAUGCUGGGCUCGGGGAUGCCCGAACUGCAGUCCUUCGAUGACAUCGCUUACAUCCGCAAGACCCUGGCACUGGACAAGACGGAGCAGGAGGCCCUGGACUACUUUAUGAAGCAGAUGAACGACGCCCACCACGGCGGCUGGACCACCAAGAUGGACUGGAUCUUCCACACAAUCCGCCAGCACGCCAUGAACUGAGAGGGGGCCAUCUGCCCGGAGAGUAGCAGCAACGCAGAGAGGACAAGGGCAGAUCUCUACACCAUCCGCCUGGACUGUGUGUCAACGGAGAGACUAGAGCGGAUCUCUGCACCAUCCGCCAGCUAAGCAUGCCAUGAGCUGAGAUGGCAGAGCGGACAACGCUAGCGUCCACGGAUGGAGCUAUGAAUGGAUAGAAACCAUUUGCUGAAUUGAGAGGCUAGAACGGAUCGCUACAUCAUCUGCUAACUUCUGAGCUCUGAGGGAAAUGCACAUCUGUACACCAUCCACUAGGAGGCGCCAAAAGUGGAUAUUAGGGAUGCAUCGAUAGGGAAAUGACGGACUGAUGCGAUAAUCAUAUUUACUGGACAUUAUCUUUCUCAUAUUGGUGUGGCAAUAUAGCCACAGUUCUCUUUGUAAAAUUAGGGGAACAACCACGAUUGUAAACAGCCAUUUUGCAAAAGUUAUGUCAUUUUUAAGAUGAAAGCGAUCUAUUGUAUUAUCAGCCGAUACCGAUAUGAUGGCCGUUUUUUUCCCUUCCUAUAUCAAAGCCUGCCCAGGGUCAUGUCCUGCUAACACACCAGGAUACCGUGAAGACCUGCCCAGGGUCAUGUCCUGCUAACACACCAGGAUACCGUGAAGAGCUGCCCAGGGUCAUGUCCUGCUAACACACCAGGAUACCGUGAAGACCUGCCCAGGGUCAUGUCCUGCUAACACACCAGGAUACCGUGAAGAGCUGCCCAGGGUCAUGUCCUGCUAACACACCAGGAUACCGUGAAGGCCUGCCCAGGGUCAUGUACUGCUAACACACCAGGAUACCGUGAAGACCUGCCCAGGGUCAUGUCCUGCUAACACACCAGGAUACCGUGAAGACCUGCCCAGGGUCAUGUACUGCUAACACACCAGGAUACCGUGAAGACCUGCCCAGGGUCAUGUACUGCUAACACACCAGGAUACCGUGAAGAGCUGCCCAGGGUCAUGUACUGCUAACACACCAGGAUACCGUGAAGAGCUGCCCAGGGUCAUGUACUGCUAACACACCAGGAUACCGUGAAGAGCUGCCCAGGGUCAUGUACUGCUAACACACCAGGAUACCGUGAAGACCUGCCCAGGGUCAUGUACUGCUAACACACCAGGAUACCGUGAAGAGCUGCCCAGGGUCAUGUACUGCUAACACACCAAGAUACCGUGAAGACCUGCCCAGGGUCAUGUCCUGCUAACACACCAGGAUACCGUGAAGACCUGCCCAGGGUCAUGUCCUGCUAACACACCAGGAUACCGUGAAGGCCUGCCCAGGGUCCUGUCCUGCUAACACACCAGGAUACCGUGAAGACCUGCCCAGGGUCCUGUCCUGCUAACACACCAGGAUACCGUGAAGACCUGCCCAGGGUCAUGUCCUGCUAACACACCAGGAUACCGUGAAGACCUGCCCAGGGUCAUGUCCUGCUAACACACCAGGAUACCGUGAAGACCUGCCCAGGGUCAUGUCCUGCUAACACACCAGGAUACCGUGAAGACCUGCCCAGGUUCAUGCCCUGCUAACACCAGGAUACCGUGAAGGCCUGCCCAGGGUCAUGUCCUGCUAACACACCAGGAUACCGUGAAGACCUGCCCAGGUUCAUGCCCUGCUAACACCAGGAUACCGUGAAGGCCUGCCCAGGGUCAUGCCCUGCUAACACCAGGAUACCGUGAAGGCCUGCCCAGGUUCAUGCCCUGCUAACACACCAGGAUACCGUGAAGGCCUGCCCUGCUAACACACCAGGAUACCGUGAAGGCCUGCCCAGGUUCAUGUCCUGCUAACACACCAGGAUACCGUGAAGGCCUGCCCAGGUUCAUGUCCUGCUAACACACCAGGAUACCGUGAAGGCCUGCCCAGGUUCAUGUCCUGCUAACACACCAGGAUACCGUGAAGACCUGCCCUGCUAACACCAGGAUACCGUGAAGGCCUGCCCUGCUAACACCAGGAUACCGUGAAGGCCUGCCCUGCUAACACCAGGAUACCGUGAAGGCCUGCCCUGCUAACACCAGGAUACCGUGAAGGCCUGCCCUGCUAACACCAGGAUACCGUGAAGGCCUGCCCUGCUAACACCAGGAUACCGUGAAGGCCUGCCCUGCUAACACCAGGAUACAGUGAAGGCCUGCCCUGCUAACACCAGGAUACCGUGAAGGCCUGCCCUGCUAACACCAGGAUACCGUGAAGGCCUGCCCUGCUAACACCAGGAUACCGUGAAGGCCUGCCCUGCUAACACCAGGAUACCGUGAAGGCCUGCCCUGCUAACACCAGGAUACCGUGAAGGCCUGCCCUGCUAACACCAGGAUACCGUGAAGGCCUGCCCAGGGCACGCAACGGAAAAUUGUUUGAUACGGAAAAACAAAACAAAAAUUCUUAUUGGACAAAUCUUGGCAGUCUCUUUCAAUCAUGUUUUCUUCCUCUUGGUGCCCAUUGAACACGACCCAGAAUACCACCAGCAUUGUUAAUUCCCAGUGAUGGAUGGUUGACAGACACUAGGAUGUCCUUUUCAUCGUCUGCAGUCAACUGUAAGAUUAGCGAAGAGAACUGACAAAUCGUGUUUGAUCUCAAUUGACGAUCACACAUUGUGUGUGUGUGUGUGUGUGUGUGUGUGUAUGUGUGUGUGUCGUCGCCCCCCCCCCCCGCCUCCACAGAUGGAAACGGUCAUGUUUCGUGACCUCAAAGUUUGAGAUUUUGUACAGAAGUAUCCCAAUGGUCUUGUAUGCAUACAUUAUUCCUUUUUAGUCUUCAUUUUCUACUGAGCCAAAGUACUAUAUAUAUAUAUAUAUAUAUAUCUCUCCCCAACUACAUCUGACUUAUCAGUCUAACCAUGAGUCACUACUAUUCCAAUCCCUGUGUAUCUCCUUUGUAGCACUGAUCUCUACAGUAUUUGUUUGUUUGUCUAUCAGUAUUAUGAUGCGUGUGCAGCGUUCUGGAGUAAAAUGGCUGCCGUCCAGCACCCAGUUGGAUGCAACACAGAAGUUUACGAUGACCGACAGAAAAUUACUGUAGAUUUAUCCUGUAACUGUAAAUUCAUUGAAUUCAUCCUCUUCGUUUUGUUGUUUUUUCGGGUUGUAUUUUUAAAAGGGAAAUGGGGGCAAAAUGGAUGUGCAAUGUUAUAGUUCUGUUACACUAUGCAAUUUGUGAUCUUAAUGUACUGUACUGCAAAGUAGAGUCGAUGGGAGUAUCUAAUCAUAUACACAGCAUUAAAGAUGUCUAUCAACUUUACAGACGAGACAGUACACAGAAGACGAAUGCACAAUUAUGCACUGACAGUAUCACUGAUUUCUUCCCUCACAGGAUGACUCUGGAAGAACGGAAGAACUGUUAAAAAUUUUUUUUUUUAAUGAGCCUCUUGUACCCUGCCUUACACUUUAGUUGUUUUUUCUUCAGAUCUAACCAGACAUUUUCAGAAAGCUUUUGGAGCGUUUUUUAUUUGGUGACUUGGAAUUUGCUUCAUCCUAUAUUUUCAGAAUACAAGUAUGUAUAGAUUUGACCCUAUUCCAGACUUCCCCAGCAUUCUGUCAUAUGAACUCCCUAAUCAGUAAAGUUGUUUAAGAUCAAUAAAAUAAAAGUGUAACAGGUGGAUUUGUGGUUUUGCCUUCCCUGACAACUGCCCUUUAAGUGUGGAUUCUGCAGUUUUCCUUAUGCAUAAAUAUACUUUUAUUAGUCAGUUGUUUGCCAGUUUUUACCAAAUUACAUGGUAUGUGUUUCUGUGCAGGUUACAGAUGGUUGGGCAGGUCCCAUUCAAAACAAGACAACUACAAUAACCGUAUUACAAACAAUAUGCAAGCGCUAUCAUAGAACAUUUUUCCUUUUAAUUUUUGUUGUGGUUAAAUGUCAUCCUUUUAUUUCCACUGUUAAUGCAUGAGGUCCCUGAAGAUACUUACUUUGUUCAACCAAGUGUUGUUUACUUGAAGUUCAUGUUUAAAUGACAUUUUGUUACUUGUGAGGUACAAUGUCAUCACACCAUGAAGAUAAGCAAUACUACCCUGGGGCCAGGGAAUAAUGUCUGGCACCCAUGAACUAUAUGUGUGUAAAUCGCUUUCCUUGAGUAACUACAGAGAUAAUAUAUUUUUGUAUUCUAAAUAUAGACUAACUCAAUAUAAUCACUAAACAAAACAAAAAACUGGAAUUAUGCAUAGUACAUCGUUUCACACCCCACUAGACAGCUUGUAGUUAUUGGAAUAUGAGACACUAGUGAUGGACAACAUGAGCUUGGUAAGGAGGAGAAUGUAUCGAGUGGAAUUUCACUGAAGGUCUUCUGCUCUGGCUAGAAGUACAGUGUAAAAGCACAAUGAUGAAAAGCUAUCCUGCAUGUUUUCAAACCCACUAUUCAUGAGUUAUCUAUUCAUCCCUGUACUAUGCACUCAUUAUUCUUUCAAACUAAUUCAUAUACCAUGUCUGGAUAGAACUCUGUAUUCAUUCACUCAUUGUACUGUUUGCAACAAAAAAAAAAAAUCUUUGCUCUGUAUCCCCAGAUAUUUUGAGAACCAAUAAAUGUCAUUUCUAAUGAUC